AUGGAGACUGCCGACGAACUUCUUCUCGCUGGGGUCCGAGGAGCAGUGGAGGGCAAUCUCCGAGAUCAAGGUGCCGGCAGAGCAGAUGCCGAACCUCCCCCUCCUCGGCGCGAUCCUUGCCGGAUGACGUUCGGGGAAGACGUGCUGGCCGUUGCGUACUUCCUCGUGAUCCUCGGCUUGCCGGUGGCCCUGCCGGUCGCGACGGCUGGGCUCGUCGUGGCGAGGUCUCCGCUGCUGAAGUGGUGGGUCCUCCUGCUGGCGGCCCUGGCGCUGCACCCGAUUCCGCCCUUCAAGGACUGGUACCGGAGAAAUCGCAUGGGCGUGAUCCUCGCGAAGUAUUUCACGAUGACGCUGGUGUUUGACAUGAGCCACCCUCACCCGAUGAUGAAGAAUUUGGGCACGCCUGCCGUGGAAGAGAACCCGCAGAAGAUUGCACCAAUGGUGCCUCUUGCCUGCCCUCACGGAGUCCUGAACUUUGGAGCCAUUGUGUGGGUUUUCUUCAGCAGGUGGAUCUGCGGCCUCGAGCAAUACACUGCCGGCGCACCGGUGGUAGCCUGGGUGCCCGGACUGAGAUAUCUGUGUGCUUCUCUCUGGAUUAUUCCUGCAAGCCGCAAGUCGAUCAAGCGCGGGCUACAGGAGCAUCCACGCACCGAGGACAAAGAUGGCAAGCGGAUAGAUACAGACGUGCCACGACGUGGAGGAAUGGUUGGCGUUGUGCCCGAUGGAAUUGCUGGCAUCUUCCGCUCAAAGCCAGGGUCAGAGCUACUUUACAUAGGAAAGAAGCGUGGUUUGAUGCGCAUCUGCCUGGAAGAGGGAGCGAUCAUUGCAGCGGGAUGGUUCGCUGGCACCAGCGACAUGUUCCACAUUAUCCAGGGGGGCCGCCGUGGUCCCGACCCGGCCCUCUCCUCCGGUCCUCCUGUUCCUCGGCCGCUGGUGCCUGCCCGUGCCCCGGCGGGUGCCGUUGACGAUGUGCUCUCGGAUCGUGCAGGCCGAGAAGAAGGCGGAGCCCACCGAGGAUGA